GGUGCGGGGCGGUGCGGGGCGGCGGGGCACGGCUCGGCACUGCCGAGCCCGGCUCAGCCCGGCUCAGCCCGGCGCAGCCCGGCGCGGCGCGGUCCCCCCCGCGCAUCACGGCGCAGCGCGGCGCGGCGCAGCGCGGCCCCGGCACAGCCGCACUGAGCCCGCCCCGCCGCAGCCCGGCCCGGCCCGGCCCGGCCCGCCCGUCCCCGCCGACAGCGAGCCAGAGCCGCCAUGGAGGUGUUUAUGAAGGGCUUGUCCAAGGCCAAGGAGGGGGUGGUCGCCGCAGCUGAGAAGACCAAGCAGGGGGUGGCCGAGGCCGCGGAGAAGACCAAGGAAGGGGUCCUCUAUGUCGGGAGUAAAACCCAAGGUGUGGUGCAAGGCGUAACCUCAGUGGCUGAGAAAGCGAAGGAGCAGGCGUCCCAGCUGGGUGAAGCAGCGUUCUCCGGCGCCGGCAACAUUGCGGCGGCCACCGGGCUGGUGAAGAAGGAGGAGUUCCCUGCAGACCUGAAGGCAGAGGAGGUGGCCCAGGAGGCUGUGGAGGAGCCGCUGGUCGAGCCGCUGCUGGAGCCAGAGGGGGAGAACUACGAGGAACCCCCACAGGAGGAAUACCAGGAAUACGAGCCAGAGGCAUAAUGGACCCCCAUCCUUGCCUCUUCCACCAGCAGCACAACGAACCGCCGGUAGCCCCCUGCUCCUCUCCAGCCGGCCCCGGCCGGUGCCUGUGUGCCGGGGAGGAGCAGGGGUGCCCCUGCCCCGUUCGCUCACGAGUUCUUCCUCCAGUUCCGUUCCAAGGGACCGUGUCCGUGUCUCCGUACCAUGUCUAGCAGUGAGAAACACCCGCUGUGUCCAAGCCCCCAAGCCCCGGCGUGUGCCCGAGCCGUGGGCGCUGCCCGCAGGGGCCGGUGUGCGUGUGUGUGAGCGUGUGUGUGUGCGUGUGUGAAGCCCGGGUUUAUGGCUCUGUCUCCCUCCCAGCACCAUAAACCCCGGCUGCGUCCCGGCGUGUCUGUGUGUGUACAAAGCAUGUUUACCUGCUCGCGGGCUGCUGUACAUUUCGCUUGCACGCGUGUCCCUGUGGUUCUGCUCUGGUCAUCGUGGAACUAUUUUUUUUUAUAUAUAUAUCUCUCUCUCUCUAUCUAUGGGUGGACGGGUCUUUUGCCUUUGUGAACCCUUGGCGCCCCUGCCCGCUCCCCAGCCUGCUGGGUGGUGGCGGUGCCCACGCCUCCCCCGAGGUCCCAUAGUGCCGACGCUGUGUUGUGACGUGGCAUGGAUAUUCCCCCGUCGCUGGAUGUGCAAUACGAGGGCAGCUGCCAGUGACACAGCUGCCCCCGUGUCCGUGAAUAAAGCCAACUCUUGUCUGUA